UUAACGUUAUCGCCACUUGUUUUUCUUAAAGUCGAAGAAACGCGCGAUAUCGCCAAGUUUAUCUGCCGCUAUCGAUCUUUCGUAUCGUCGAUAUAACCCUCGCCAUUCCCGCUGCACUGACGAGAGCCGGGAGUCGGGAGUGUCGGGACCGGGCAUGCAAAACGAUGUAACGCGAUCAAUUUUCGCCUGAUUCAUUACCGGCGCCGAUACCCUUUGUGGAGGUCAGGAUGCAUCCUCGAUCGCGCGAGACGUGCACUUCUGCAGUCAAUUUGCAGCGCUCCCCGGCACUCGCGUCGUUCUGCAUAUCCAGUCACGAAGCAUCAAUCGCAUGAAUCACCAUCCACGACCGUCGCAGCUCGUCCGUCUUAUCGGCCUUCGAAAUCUAAAGAGGAAUACAGCCGAUCUCCUUUUCCAGGAAGAGGAUCGGCGAAGGAACGUGUUUGAGGAGCGGUACUUUUAAGGAAGUCGAGAGUAAAAGUCCGAGGAGAGAAAGAGCGAGAAAGACAGAAGAUUAUACUUCUUUCAGGCGCUGAAGAAAGAUGUCCACGGCAUUGCUGGCCCUCUUCGCCGUGAUCCUGUGCAUCCUGUUCAGGAUACUGAACGUAAACAGCGCGCCGCAGAAGCCCCUCCUCGUCUGCAAGGAUCAGUCCUUCCUGACGACGGUGCUCAAGAUCGCACCGGUCAUCGCCGAGCCAUACAAACCAACGAGGUUGUGGGGUUUCAGCGGUCACGUACAAACUAUCAUCCACAGUAUUAUAGGACGUGUCCGGUGUCCUUGGCCCAUUGGAGAACGUGUGUACAUCGGUCUUCCAGACGAGACCACCCUUACGUACGAUCUUUAUCAACCACUGACUAAUGGACAUGAAGAUGACAUAACGAUAGCCAUCUGUCCUGGUAUUGGCAACAGCUCGGAGAGCGUGUACAUUAGGACGUUCGUGCAUUUCGUGCAAUGUCAUGGAUAUCGAUGCGCAGUACUUAAUCACGUCGGAGCCCUUUCCAGUGUCAAGAUUACGGCACCCAGAAUAUUUUCUUAUGGUCACACGGACGAUUAUAGCGCGAUGCUACAACAUCUAGUAGAACAGCACCCUAACACCAAAAUAGUUUGUAUCGGAUAUAGUUUAGGCGGUAAUUUAGUAACAAAAUAUUUAGGAGAACGCGGUUCCAACAAAUUGCCUAAUAUUAUAGGAGGGAUAUCGAUUUGUCAAGGAUACAAUGCUCUCAAGGGAACGAAAAUUCUAUUAAAUUGGCAGAACUUUAGACGUUUUUACCUCUAUGUAAUGACUGAAUCGAUGAAGAAUCUUAUUCUGAAACACAAAAAUAUGCUUUUGUCUGAAGAUGUAAAACAAAGAUGUAAUUUGAACGAGCGAGACAUAAUUUCUGCUGCGACGUUACCUGAAUUGGACGAAGCUUAUACGAGAAGGGUACACAAUUUUAGGUCUGUGCAAGAAUUGUACAAGUGGAGUAGUUGUCUCUUUUAUCUAGAUAGCAUUACAACGCCGAUGGUAUUCAUCAACGCGUUAGACGAUCCCAUCGUGCCGGAGAUAUUAUUAAAUCCAAUCAAAGACCACGCGGCAAAUCACUUAAAUACAUUGUAUGUGGAACUAGCUCAUGGAGGUCACCUAGGUUUUUACGAAGGUGGUCUUCUGUAUCCAAAUCCUAUAACAUGGCUGGAUCGAACCCUAGUGUCCCUCGUGGGAUCUCUGACUCUAGCGCACGCGGAUAAGGCUCUUAAAGCCUCUUAACCCAAUUUAGUUUGGUCAAUGUAUUUAUAUUAUUGGACAUUGAUCGACAACGUGUCACACAUUCUGAUCUUGUGAAAUCAAGCACUGUGCACCUGAUUCACGUUUAGAUAAUCGAAAAGAUCUAUAACGAGAUGAUCUGCAACAAGACUGCAAUGAAAAUGGAAAUGGCAGAUUGUAAUUAAUAAAAGUAUCCGGUAUAUGCUUUGAUUGUUUCACGAAGUGAAUGGGCAGUAUCUUUCACAAACGAUUCAGAGGAAAUAAAUGAUAAGCGCGACUGUAAAAUAACAAACGUUUGCUCACUGACAUUUUUUAAAUUGAGUAUAGUUCAGGAAAACUAGCCAAAUUGCGUAAUCCUUUAUAUGUAGUCAUAAAUAGUAAAAUUUUUAUUAUGCAAUGUGGCACAAUCAAAAUUAGCUUAAUUAUUUGAAAAAGAGAGUAGAAACGAAAUAAAUUUUCAAUAUUUUACUAAAUACUAACGCUUCUUUCUCAGGGAUCUUCUAUAGGGCAACGAUUUGAUAGGACUUUCAAUGGUCCUUAACAGGUUACUAGAGAUGCUCUGUAUAAGGAUUCAAUCAUGAAUAUAUGCACAUUGGAUGUGAGUUUAAUGCAAUACAGAGAUUUUGUGUACUUUUCACUAAGAAAACUUGUAUUUAUGUACAAUAUGUGUAUUAAGAUGUAUAUCGACUUAAAACAUAUUUAUAAGCGCGUCUUAAAUGUGUUUAUUCUAACACCAGUAUUCAUAAUGGUUUCUUAUAUUUAAGAUUACUUUAAGUACAGUUUUAAGAUGUAAGAUCAUGAACUAAUCACAGAACCGUAUUAGAAUCUUAAGACAUUACUUAAGAUGAUCUUGAAAUAAGAACGGACUCUAUGAAUACCGACCUAAGAUUAUUAGCUUUAUCGAUAUGGAAGGCUUACCGCUGUUGUAUAUAUACAAUAAAUGAUGUAUGUGAUUUAUUAAUCCGGAAUUGGUGAUAACGUUAAAUUUGCAAGGAAAUCUAUUAAAUCAAAUUCAAUAUUCAAGUCUAAAAUAUAAGUCUCUGAAAUUGUAUGUAUACUUAAAUGUAUACACGAAAUUUUGUAAAUAAUACAUUUUUAGCUAAAAUUAUAGUAAAUUACUACGAAAAAUAUUGAGUUUAACAAAUUCAACAUUAUUACUGCCGGAUUAAUGCAAAUACUAGUUACAAGGUUUUGAGUACGAAUCUACCAUUGAAAUUAGGAAUGCCCGAUAUCCGAAAAGUAUCGGUAUCCGGUAUUAUCCGGCACUUUUUUACUAUCCGACCGGAUAGUCGGAUAUCAUUAGUA